CUCUCUGUAAACAGUAAGGUCGUUUUACUUGUCUGCGUUCCAUGCAUAGACGGAAAAUAGGCAAAACUGCUUAAAAAAAAUAAAAAAGUAGUGGGUGGGUUAAGCUGCUUGGCUGCGAAUACUACGCAAAUAAAUCCGGCAUCUUGGAAGAGAUGACGUAUCAGCGUACAACUAACUAGCGGACUUUGCCAUUGUGCUCACUAUGCCCCGGUACUGACCAUGCCUUUGCGUACAGGAGGAGCCACAUUACUGAGCAUUUUGCAGAGACUUUAUGGCCAGGUGCUUGGGAUUGUGGAAUAUACUGACACAUUGCAGGUUCCCGGCGGCAUCAAGGUGCCCGUGCUGCUAGAGGGAGACUCUGAGAAGUUCAGGUCAUUUGUUGCGGAACUAGUGGUAUGCAUUCCAAGAGGAACAAAGCCGCUCCCGUCCCCGGUCUCCUUUCUUCAGCUAUCAACUCAGAGGGAAGUAGUGGCACGAGUGAUUCAACGGAUUUGUGAAAAGAAGAGAAAAAAUGUUCUAGCUUUUGGUUAUGGCUUAGUUGAUGAAAAAAACUCACUGAAUAUUCGAUUGACUCCAAAUAUUUGCAAUUAUUUUCCUAAUCCCACAACAACAACAAUCAGCACAAGUAUUCUUUGGGAAACUCUUCUUACUAGAGUAGGUGAUGAUGUUAUGAUGUAUUGGCUGGAACAAUGCUCGAUUUUUGUAUUUGUGCCUCCUAGGUGCUGCUAUCAAAUCACUGGACAGCCAAUCUACACUUUACCCAGUGAUGAUGUGUUUCUUUUUCAGAGUCAGUCAUUUACACAAAGCAAUGUUUUGUUGCGGUACAUUAAAAGAAAUGUUUUUCACUUGCGGAAAAAAUAUCUGAAGCCAAAACACUCAAUGACUUCUCGAAUGCUAACAUGGCGGAGAAACAAAUCCCCAUCAGGGUUGCUUAUUCGUAGCAAAACAUCUAUGGCGGUCACCACAGAAAUUCAUUCUAAAAGGAAACUAUGUUCUAAAGAUAUUUGUGUCAUUCCAGAUAAGAAACGUAGAGACAACUUGGACAAAGAUGAUACUGUGGACCACUUUGACUUGCCUAUGUGUAGAAGUGUCUCUUACUUGUCAAAUAUGUAUCCUAAAACGAAUGUGCAAGUAACAGGAUUGAUUACUUCAGGAUAUAAAAAAACAAAAACAUUUCAAUGUCAAAAACCUGUUUCCUGUGAACAAAAGAAAACAACUGCUUUCUACUCCGUUGCUGGUGAUUGUAAUCUAUCUCUUAAAGAUAAUGUCAAUAAAUUAAUUACCAAUGCUUCUGUCCCCACAGCACAAAGCAGACUUUCAUUUUCAAACAUUUUUAUUGACUUUGGAAGAACAUUGUAUUUAAGUAUAAGUUAUAAGAAGGGCUUCUCUGAAAGUUUCAUACUGAACAGUUUAGAUAGUACCCCUUCUGGGAGCCAAAAAUUAGUGGAAACCAUAUUUCUGAGCAACUUUCUAGCUGAGCAAAAUUUUGACCAGCCAAAACGGGAUGAAAACUGUAGAUAUAAACUUCCCAAACGUUAUUGGAAAAUGAAACCACAUUUUCAAGAAUUAAUACAAAACCAUAAGAAAUUCCCUUAUCUGGUAUAUUUAAAUAAACACUGCCCUGUUAGGUCUUCAAUGGCUUGUUCCGAAAAAAGGUCGUUGCAGAAAAACAGGAUUGAAAAUGAUGGAAAACAGCUAAAACAUUUUACAACCAAAGCAAACUUGUUAUCCCUUCUUAAGCAACACAGCAGCAUUUGGCAAGUGUACAUGUUUGUUAGAGAAUGCUUAAAUAAUGUAGUGCCUGAUAUUAUGUGGGGCUCCAGUCACAACAAGUGCCGUUUCUUCAGAAAUGUGAAAUCAUUUCUCUUUUUUUCUGGAAAAUUUGGCAAGAUCUCUUUAUCAGAGCUUAUGUGGAGUAUGAGAGUAGAAGACUGCUCCUGGAUUCGUCUCCAAAAAAGUGAUCAUUUUGUUCCAGCUUCAGAACACUUGCUACGAGAGAAAAUCCUUGCCAAAUUUGUCUUUUGGCUGAUGGACACCUAUGUCAUACAGUUGCUGAAAUCAUUUUUUUAUGUCACUGAAACAAUGUUUCAGAAGCAUAGACUUUUGUUCUACAGAAAAUCUGUUUGGAAGAAACUUCAAAAUAUAGGUCUAAGAAAACAUCUGGAGAAGGUGAAACUGCGUUCACUGUCCUCUGAUGAACUAGAAAAUAUGCAACAAUGGAAAAAUGUUCCACUGGUUUCCAGGCUCAGAUUCAUACCAAAAACAAAUGGACUACGUCCUAUAUCAAAGAUAUCCAGUACUUUGAGUAGCCAACAAAGCAAAGAAAACCAAGAAAAGAAGAUUCACCAUUUCAGCUCUCAGAUUCGAAACCUUUUCAGUGUUCUUAACUAUGAGUGGAAUAGAAAUUGCAGCCUUAUUGGUUCUUCUGUUUUUGGCAUGGAUGAUAUAUACAAGAAGUGGAAAAAAUUUGUGCUUGAUUUUGAAAAACCCCAAGUUGAAAAACUACAAUUUUACUUUGUCAAGACAGAUGUUAAGGGGGCAUAUGAUACCAUUCCACAUUCAAAGCUUGAUGAAGUGAUCUCAAAAGUAAUAAAUCCAAAUGCAAAUGAGGUGUAUUGCAUACGACGUUAUGCCACAGUUUCAGUGGAUCCAACUGGACGCAUUAUAAAAUCUUUCAAAAGACAUGUAUCUGAAUUAGCAGAUGUUCUUCCAAAUAUGAAACAGUUUGUUUCAAAUCAACAGGAAAAGAACUUGUUACGAAACACAAUUCUAGUGGAACAGAACCUUUUAUUGAAUGAGAGCUCUGUCAAACUUCUUGCUGUUUUUCAACAAAUAAUCAGAUCCCAUAUCUUGAGAAUAAAAGAUCGAUAUUACAUGCAGUGCUGUGGAAUACCACAGGGGUCAAUGUUAUCUACAAUCCUGUGCAGUUUGUGCUAUGGAGACAUGGAAAAUGCAAUGCUUGGUGGAAUACAAAAAAAUGGGGUACUAAUGCGAUUGAUUGAUGAUUUUUUGUUGGUAACGCCUCAUCUUGACCAGGCAAAAACAUUUUUGAGGACUCUGGCUGAAGGAAUUCCCCAAUAUGGGUGCUCUAUCAGUCCUCAAAAAACAGUGGUAAACUUUCCUGUUGAUGACAUCCCAGAAUGCUCUGAGGUGGAACAAUUACCCAGUCACUGCUUGUUCCGAUGGUGUGGUCUUUUGCUGGACACCCAAACUUUGGACGUUUACUAUGAUUAUUCAAGCUAUGCAUGUACCUCCAUCCGAUCAAGUAUGACAUUUUGUCAUAGUUCUGCAGCAGGAAAAUACAUGAAACAGAAACUUAUAAGAGUCCUCAGAUUGAAGUGUCACAGUCUCUUCCUUGACUUAAAGGUAAACAGUUUAAGGACGGUCUGCAUCAAUACUUAUAAGAUAUUCUUGCUUCAAGCUUACAGGUUUCAUGCUUGUGUUGUUCAGCUUCCAUUUGGCCAGCGGGUAAUGAAUAAUCCACCUUUUUUCCUUACUGUGAUUUCUGAUAUGGCACCUUGCUUUUACACCACUUUUAAAGCUAAAAACAAAGAUCUUACGCGUGGUUACAAAGAUGUGAGCUGUCAAUUCAACUUUGAAGCAGUACAGUGGCUCAGUUACCAAGCUUUUCUUACUAAGCUUCACAAUCACAAAGUAUUAUACAAAUGUCUUAUUGGGCCACUGCAGAACUGUAAAAUGCAGUUAUCCAGAAGACUAUCACAGGAUACUAUUGAACUUCUAAAAUCUGUCACAGAUUCCUCUCUUCACAAAGACUUUUCAUGUAUAAUGGAUUAGUUUUUGUCUUAAAACUGUAACUGCUGAAGGACACCUGUCACCUGAAAAAUGUUUUCCUUAUCCUGAGAAUAGUGCCACAGCUUUUAAUAGUAAUGUGCAUGUGUGGGAUGUCGCAUGCAUGCACAUAACAAGCACUCUGAGCAAUGAUAUGUGCAGACAUGCCCCUAAUCAUGGCCUUCUGCACCAGGAGCUUCGUCCGAGUGCAGGCAGCCUAGAGCAGGUUGGGGGCAUUCUUUUAAAAAAAUACUAUUGUUUUCGCCAACUGGAGUGCAGACGCGAUUAGCCCACAAUUCCAGUGGGGGAAGCAUUUUUAUGUUGACAGGUGCCCUUUAAAUAGCAGUGCCACAUACUGUAUUUGCACACUGAUAAUAUCGUUUUAUGUUCCUCAUAUUGCAGCUUGACUGUAUCAUGUGCUCUAUUGGUUAAUACCGUGCAAUACAGCUAUUAUUUAUGUUUGUAUAAAUUUAUAUAAUAAAACAAGCAGAAAAGUGUUUCUCAGUAA